AAAACCUUCGAAGGGUUUACAUUCUCCGUCUGGAAAAUCUUUCAAUGGCGAAUCAUAGAUUUCUCCGAGGUGUGAGGUGGUGGCGCAAAUUGACCAAAAGAGAGUGGGCAGUCUUCUCUGCUGCGCUCGCCACCGUCAUCCUCACGGUAUCCUUCGUCUCUCACUCUCACAGUGGCAGAUACGUCAGUCUUCCUGCUAAUCAUGUGGUACCCUUUACUCCUUUAAGCAAUGCCCACAAAAAAGCUGCCUUUUGUUUGGAUGGAAGUGUUCCGGGUUAUCAUUUCCAGCAGGGUUUUGGAUCUGGGUCUGAUAAUUGGCUUCUUCACAUUGAGGGUGGAGGUUGGUGUGAUUCAAUAGAAUCAUGUUCUUCAAGGGCAACAAGAGCAUUAGGUUCUUCAAUGAUGAUGGAACAUGAAGUUUUGUUUUCUGGGAUUAUGAGCCACGAACCUUCACAAAAUCCAGAUUUCUUCAACUGGAACAAAGUGAAGAUACGAUAUUGUGAUGGUGCAUCUUUUGCUGGGCAUCCUGAGAGUGAGCUUAAAAAUGGGACAAAGCUCUUCUUCAGAGGACAACUUAUCUGGGAAGCACUUAUGGAUGAAUUCUUGUCGAUAGGACUUUCCGAGGCUAAAAAAGCUUUUCUUACAGGAUGUUCUGCUGGAGGUCUGGCAGCCCUCAUACAUUGUGAUAACUUCCGGGAGAUUUUGCCUAAGAAUACAGAUGUCAAAUGCCUUGCUGACGCAAGUUUCUUUCUCAAUGAGAAGGAUGUUGCAGGAAAUCCAACCAUUGAGAAUUUUUAUCGUGAUGUUGUUAACCUCCAGGGUGUAGCGAAAAGUUUAAACAAGGAUUGUGUGUCACGAACUGAUCCUUAUAAGUGUUUCUUCCCUCAAGAAUUUAUUAACAACAUUAAGACUCCAGUUUUCCUUGUCAACCCAUCAUACGACUUUUGGCAGAUACGGCAUAUACUGGUUCCUGAGAAAUCGGAUCCUCAUGGCAGCUGGCGGAAGUGCGCGCUAAAUAUUAACUACUGUAAUUCUAGCCAACUUGAAGUGCUGCAAGGUUUCCGAAAUUCAUUGCUAAGCACUCUAGGUGAAUUUCAGAAAAACGCAGAAGGGGGCAUGUUUAUAAACUCUUGCUUUAUACAUUGCCAAACGUGGAUCACCGAUACAUGGCAUUCAUCCACUUCUCCGAAAAUCAACAGUCGAACAAUCGCAGAGUCCGUUGGGGACUGGUAUUUCAACCGUAAACCAGUAAAAUAUAUCGAUGUUCCAUUUCCAGGAAACCCUACCUGCUAUAACAUGGAUCUAACUAGCCGGCCAUAGGCUGCCUAUUCUUAGUGUCGCCCACCAGCUCGUGUCUUGCUGGUAAAGUGCUAAAGUUUACGCUUUUUUAUGUUCUCUCAGAGUGUGAUUUACAUGUGUACCGGAAUUCAUGUACAGUAUCAGAUGACACGGUUUUUAAAUCCAUAGAAUACCCAAAGACUGGACUCGAGGCCGGGGAAAUAGUUUGUUCAGAUUAGAGAAUAAUUAACAGUAUUUUGUGUUUGAAUUUUCACAAUACCAGCUGAAAGAAAAGGUGGUUUGUUU